CUGGCUGCUCUGAAAAGCCAUCUUUGCGUUGUUCCUGUGGCUCCCUCUCCGCUCGCUGCAACCACCUCUGCAGGCGCCUCCUCCACCGCCAGGAUGCGGGCAACUUCUCGCCAGAGUCCUCCAACUCUCGCUUUAAAAAAAAAAAAACGCUGCAUAGGAUCACCGGGUGCCCCACCAUGUCAGACAUGGCCGUGGACACCUGCUCCGAGAUCACCACCAAGCACUUCAAGGAGAAGAAGGAAGUUGUGGAGGAGGCAGAGAAUGGCAGCGAUGCACCUGUGAAUGGGAGCGGUAAUGAGGAAAAUGGGGAGCAGGAGGCUGACAGGGAGGGAGAUGAAGAAGAGGAAGAAGGAGGGGAAGAGGCAGAAGAAGAGGAAGGCGAUGGUGAGGAAAAGGAUGGAGAUGAAGAUGAGGCUGAGGCAGCUACAGGCAAACAUAGAGGCUUCUGGUUGGUACUGUUAUCCCAAUAUGCCCUGCAUCCCAGUGGCUCCAACUGGUGUUAA